UCCAACCCAGUACGAGAGGAACCGUUGGUUCGCACAAUUGGCAAUUGUGCUUGGCUGAAAAGCCAGCGGUGCAAAGCUACCGUGCGUGGGAUUAUGACUGAACGCCUCUAAGUCAGAAUCUGUGCUUGCAGCGACGGCGUAUGCCUCCUCGGAUGACACAAGGCUGUCGAUAGGGCCAGCCGGCCUGGCCCCGAAAGCAUAAGUUCGGAGUUGUCCCUCCUGCAGCGGAGCACCGACGCCCUGGGGGUCUCUUCAUCGCAUUUUCUUUCGCUCGGGGAGUCAAACCCUUUGCAGACGACUUAGACAGGGAACGGGGUGUUGUAAGCAGUAGAGUGGCCUUGUCGUCACGAUCUGUUGAGAUUCGGCCCUUUGUUCCAAAGGUUUCCCCCACCUUCUGGCUCCCCACCCCUCCUCAAAUGUUUGAACGACGGUCAUCCGCGUUUGAAGAGAGUCGUCGCCCUUGUAUACGGGCCGAUGAACUGCUUUCUUCUUAUUUUUUAUUUUUUAUUUUUCCUUUAUUUUUUUUUCAGUCUUGCUGCUUCCGUCUGAAGCCCCUUUUGCCCGAUGUGGUACUCGACUUUCAGCUCAAAGGAGAACUGUACCCGAGCCCAUGUUGGGGUGGGUGCCACGUUGUAAGCUUCUGGCCACUGCGGCGCGCCAUCUGUCCGAAAGCAUGGAUAUGUGUCCGCGUGUCUUCCUGUACUUGACCCGGUGGGCGUUUGUGCAUGCCACAUUGUCCGAUGUCGCCCCAUACUGCCUGCCACUUUUGGCUGCACGGAGACCUGGGACCAAAGGCUGGAUCGACGUGGGAAUGGAGCGAUGGCCUUUGCAUCAACAAGGAUGCAGGGGACUCACCGGACCAGGGGGAAGGGGACUCGCCACAGGCGCCACCAGACGAGUCCCAGCAGCCGGAAAAUGGGACAUACGACGGGCAGCAGGAAGAAGAAACGCCGGUCGAAGAGGAACAGAUGGAAAGUGGGACACAAGACAGGCAGCAGGCAGCGGAAAGGCCGGAGAGAGGUGGGAUUCAAGAAGACGUGACACAAGAUCGCCAGCGGGGGAACGAGAGACCAGAGCGGGAGACGGCUCAAGCAGUGAGCACAGAAGAGGGAAAUGAAUUCCAGGAAUGGACUGAUGUUGGGGAGGUGGACAGCCCAUUCUUGAGACGCAACCUCUGCAGYRGGCCGUGUGCAGGUUCCCUGGAAGGGGACGCCGAAGAGGGUGACAGCCCUGUCGACCGCCGGACCCUGCUGCGCAACAAGGUGUUGUCCAAUAGUCGGGUUGCUUGGGAACGCAGCCCCAAUUGGGUGUUGAGAUCGUCGGAGCUGCUCUCAUGUACAAUAGAAGGGGGGACGGCUGUUGCGCGACUGGCCCCGGACGUGAGCUACUUGCUGAUGACGUAUGCCCGGACCCAUGCGGUGGUCCUGAAGCUUCCAAAAGGCGUUGCAUCUUGGUCCAGGAGCAUGAAGAAGAGGUGGGCGCUGGCUCGAGAAGAGUUGUGGCUCAUGGGGAGGGGACCGUGGAAAGGCUCGAUCGAUGUUGAGGGGGCGCGGACGGUGAUCUAUAUGGCCCCCUCAACGGAACUUCGCGAUUGGUUGAUUGGGGAAAGGCGUGUGGAGCUCAUCACCGUGGGAGGACGACAAUAUGAAGUGUCGCUCUCCCCCUGGUGCGCGCCGGCGGAGUUGGAAUUUCAGAGAGAGGAGGAGAGGCGAAACUGGCCAUGGAUCAAGGUGUUUAGCCCUCCCUCAUAUGUGGCUCCCCUCGAAGAACUACUGGUGCAACAGCUGUUCGGCGAUAUAUUUUCUAGGGUAUCUUUCAUGGAGGAUGAGAAGGAGUAUCGGAAAUACGUGGUGAAGGGACCACUCAAGGCUGCAUGGCGUGAUAUUGAGCGGCGAUUUGACGCAGAGUUUUUGCAAGAGUUAAACGAAGCAAGGUGGCGGGACGGGGGGGGAGCGCACCAUUCGGGUAUGUCAGCUACGAUGGAUCAAGCGCGGGAGAUGAGCGCGCAACGGCGGAGGGGAGGGCGUCGGACUCGAACGACCUUGGGGGCCACGGUUGAGAGGAUGGAAAUGGACCCCCCGCAGUGGCUAUUUGGUGAGGACUCUAAUAAACGGAAGGAGGAACAGAGGGAGGAUUUGCGAGUGCCAUUGGAGGAAGGUACAGGGGACAAACGGCAGUGUGGAGUGGACGUGCCUCAGAGUCAGGAGCCAGCUAGUACGAAGUCAAGCGGGAAUCAGGUGGAGGGUGAGAAGGAGGAUGCAGAGGUAUCGGAAGGACAACGCAAGGUGGAGGAUGAGGAGGAGACGGCAGUUGGUGACGUCGACCAACCACACGAAGGGGUGGCGAUAGCGGAGGGAGAGCGGCCGGAGCAAGCAACCCCGGAAGGACAGCAAAAGGGGAAGGCGGUAAGGAUGAAGGAUCGAGUAGGGGAGGGGAGAAGAUGGGGAAUGCCAAGGUGGAGAACCAUGCGAAGGCAGAGGGGUAUUGUGAUAAAGACAAGUCUAGUGAGGAACGUGAAGGUGAGAGUGUCCAGGCAUCGUCGGAGGAACGAGAAGCUACCUGAUGCCGCGGGGUAUGUGAUCGUGGGAGACUUCAACACGACUGUCCAGCCAGGGCUGGACUCAGUACUGGACCGGCCGGUGGCACCGGAUACGGAAACACUGCAGGUUAUGAUGGCCGAGCUGGGCUGCGUAUCGAUCAGCCCACCCAGAUGUGGGGGACUUUACAUGGUACGACUCAGCGGGCAGGCGCAGUCGUCUGGAUAUGAUUUUGGUGUCUUACCCAAUUUACCACAAUGGCAGCACGGUGACCCUCCUACCGACAGCGCUGUCGGAUCACGUUGGAGUAUUGGCGACCUUCCCGGUGGGCGAGACGAUGACGGGCCGCCCUCUGCCAUCCAUCCCAGCGUGGGUGUUUCAGAAGCCCGAGUACCAGCCUCUUAUAAGACAGCACUGGGAGUCCUGGGUGCAGAUGACACCGGGGCCAUCAUUCCCCCUGUCAUCCAACAGCUGCGUUGUCUUCAGCGGGACCUGCAUGUUUUCGCACAGUAUUCAGGGGCCAGAGUUAAUUGGGCAAAGUYGAUGGCGAUACUCCCUAGGGGCAUCGUGAGGCCGGAAGGAUGGGACAUCCCCACCCUUGAGGAUGAGGACAACUUGCGCUUCUUGGGCGUCAUGAUACGCCCGCAGGAGGGGGGGGGGCUGCAGAUGGAUGRCCUAGUGGCUGCGRCGAUACUGCGAACGGGCCGCUGGGCGAAGCGAGCCUACCUGGGGAUCUUUGGGAAAGCACUGGUCUUAAGAAACUUGGUGCUGUCCACGUUGUGGUAUGCUGGGGCYAUUCACAUGCCGAGGGAGCGAUCUUUAAAUUUGCUGCGGGCCGCGAUACACAGAUACCUGUGGGCAGGGGAUGUCGAGGCAGAGUCAACCAUUCCGCGGGUGGCCUGGCGGAAACUGAUCCAGCCCAGGGGCUAUGGGGGAUUGGGUAUUUUGGAUCCGGGCCUGCAAAUGGCGGCACUGCAGAUGCGAAACCUGAUAUGGCUGCUGUUGGGCACAGCGGGGUCGGUGUGGGAAAGCCUGUCAAUGCAGCAUCUGGCCUACACUCUGGGCAUGACGGAGCAGAUGGCAACGGUGGUGUUGGUCAGCCCAGCACUCAUCAACCACGUGCGACGGGAUCAGGUGUGGACUACGCCGCUUACGCUGUGGAAGAAGCUUCGUCUGCAGCAGAAGCUACCGGGUACAGCCGAUGCAGUCUACAACCAGCUCCUCUUUGACAACCCUUGUGUCUGCAAUGAUGAAGGCGACCCGUUCCCUUGGCAAGGGGUGUCGGGGGCCUUUGGGCGGCGAUGGGCCGAAUGCGGGAUCUUCAAGGUUGGGCACCUGUGGGACGAAGAGGCAAGGGACUGGAAGACGGAUGCGGUCAUGGCCCAGCAACUCCCCCAUAAGUUCCGGCGACAGCAGCAUUUAGCGGAACUACGGGCGGCAGUGCCCACGCAGUGGGUGGACAUCCUGAAGGCUAACGAAUGGGGGAUUGGGGACUGGUUGAGACAAAAAGGAGAACUGCACCCCACACAACUCUACCAGAUCCUGCAGGUGAGGGAGCAGGAAGUUGAAACGCGAGAAUGGAGAGUGGGUACGGGGUAUGAUGGGCUGGGGACCCCGAUGACCGCGGGGGCAAGAAGGCGGUGGGGCAAGGUGGAAAUGGAAACGGUGGUGGUGUGUGAUGAAGGAACCGGAUUGGGAAUGGGASAUGCUAGGCCGUAUCGAAUCAGCCGUACCGACUGAGUGGAACUGGCCUAGGCAGAACUACAACCACCGCCAACUCCCCAUCCACCAAGUGACCACCARRGCUGUGUACUGAUCG